AUGGCGAAGUCGGCGGCGGAGGCGGAGGCGGCACCGGGGACGGUGGGGCAGGCGGUGAUCCCGCUAGUCAACAGGCUGCAAGACAUCAUCGCACGGCUGGACGGCGACGCCGCCGCCGGCCUGGAGCUGCCGCAGGUGGCGGCGAUCGGCGGGCAGAGCAGCGGCAAGUCCAGCGUGCUGGAGGCGCUCGUCGGCCGCGACUUCCUUCCGCGGGGGCCCAACAUCUGCACGCGCCGUCCUCUCGUGCUCCAGCUCGUGCGCCACUCGGCCUCAGAGGAAUGGGGGGAGUUCCUCCACGCCCCCGGCCGCCGGUUCCACGAUUUCGAACAGAUCAAGCGCGAGAUCCAGCUUGAAACGGACAAAGAAGCUGGAGAUAAUAAAGGGGUUUCUGAGAAACAAAUUCGUUUGAAAAUCUUUUCACCAAAUGUCCUAGACAUCACCUUGGUUGACCUCCCUGGAAUAACACGGGUGCCAGUUGGAGACCAGCCUAGUGAUAUUGAAUCAAGAAUAAGGACAAUGAUCAUGCAAUACAUUAAACAUCCAAGUUGUAUUAUCUUGGCUGUCUCUCCAGCAAAUGCAGAUCUAGCUAAUUCUGAUGCACUCCAACUGGCAAGGCUUGCUGAUCCUGAUGGGUCUCGUACAAUCGGUGUUAUCACCAAGCUAGAUAUCAUGGACAGGGGCACUGAUGCUCGUAACUUCUUGCUGGGAAAUGUGAUCCCACUCAAGCUUGGUUAUGUAGGUCUCGUAAAUCGCAGCCAGGAGGAUAUCAACUUUAACCGAAGCGUCAAAGAUGCACUUGCUUUUGAGGAGAAGUUCUUCUCGACUCUACCUGCUUAUCAUGGUCUUGCACAUUGUUGUGGUGUUCCUCAAUUGGCCAAGAAGCUAAAUAUGAUUCUACUAAAGCACAUCACAGAUAUGCUUCCAGGCUUGAAAACUCGCAUAAAUGCUCAGUUGGUAGCAGUUGCGAAGGAACAUGCUGCCUAUGGUGAUACUGUAGAAUCAGCGGCUGGUCACGGAGUCAAACUAUUGAAUAUAUUGAGAAAAUAUUGUGAAGCUUUUUCUUCCAUGGUGGAGGGGAAAAAUAGGGUUUCAACUGAUAAACUUUCUGGUGGAGCAAGGAUUCAUUACAUUUUUCAGUCAAUAUUUGUCAAGAGUCUGGAGGAAGUUGACCCUUGCAAGAGUAUUACUGAUGAAGAUAUCUGCACAACCAUCCAGAAUUCUGGUGGCCCAAAAGGUGCUAUGUUUCUGCCCGAGGUGCCAUUUGAGAUUCUUGUGCGAAAGCAGAUAGGUCGUCUACUCGAUCCAAGUCUUCAGUGUGCCCAGUUUAUCUAUGAUGAGUUAAUUAAAAUUAGCCAUGGUUGCUUAACCAGUGAGCUUCAGAAAUUUCCAAUUCUGAAAAAGCGGAUGAGUGAAGUCGUUAGCAGUUUCUUGAGAGACGGUCUUCGACCGGCAGAAACAAUGAUAACCCAUAUCAUUGAAAUGGAGAUGGAUUAUAUAAAUACUUCGCAUCCAAGCUUUGUUGGGGGCACCAAGGUUGUUGAGCUUGCUAAGCAUGAAGUUCUACCUCCCAAAACAUCAGCUUCACUAUCAGUUCAUAAGGAUGGUACUAUUGUUGGCUCUGAGAUACAAUUAACUGCUGAAAGAGGCCAAAAGUCACGUGCUGUUUUCGCAAGAGAUGCUAACAGAAGAGCUACAUCUGAACAGGGUGAUAUGGAUGCAGGAACAAGUUUGAGUGGUGGAAGUCAGAUGGGUAAUUCACAGUUAGUUGGGAGUCCAUCAAGCAAAUUACACUCUAUCAUUCAGCUAAAAGAGCCACCCAUCACAUUGAAGCCAUCAGAAACUGAGCAGGAUGCAACAGAGGUAGCUAUUGUGAAACUAUUGAUCAAAUCGUACUAUGACAUUGUCAGAAAAAGUAUCGAGGAUGCAAUCCCAAAGGCUGUAAUGCACUUUCUGGUGAACCAUACAAAGCGGGAUCUGCACAAUUUUUUAAUUCGCAAACUAUACAGAGAGAACCUGCUCAAUGAAUUGAUGAGGGAAACUGAUGAAGUACUUAUCAGACGGCAGCAUAUUCAAGAAACACUUGAAGUCCUUGAGCAGGCACACAGGACACUUGAGGAAUUUCCCCUUGAAGCUGAAAAGAUUGAGAAGGGCUACGACCUUUCUGGACAUGCAACUGUGCUGCCAAAAAUCCGUGGACUCAGUGAGGAUGGCCCAAAUGGCAUCUACACAUCUUCCCCUAAUCGCUACGGGGCACACCAAGCAUCUCAUCUAGUCAUAUAAACCAGCAUGCGUCAGUGGCAUUAUAUUUGUACCUGGACGCCGAUGGAGCAUGGCUUCUUGCAUGAUCAUGAUCCUACCAAGGAAUUUGUGGGCGAUAAGCUUGAAUUUUGACCUAAAUUCCCAUUUAUUUGCUAGCAAGCUGUUUGCUUUUUAGUCGGAAGCUAUUACUGAUGGAGAAACCCUCGUUACGUAUUGCUGAAGUUGCCAGGACAAGGCAGAUAUAUAUAUGCAAGUGAAUAGGGGCAACAGGGUAGUUGUAUAGACCAAUGUUCAACUAGACCAGAUAUCAAUUUUGUGUUGCCUCUGAGAAUGAGGAUAUCUGUUGUAACUAUGAGAGAUUGAGACCUAUGACAUGCAAUUGCGAAGUCGCAGAACUGUAUCUAUAGAAACUUGUAAACAAGGUCAUGCAUUAUGUAAGUGGGAUUACUGUACGAAUUCAUGUGACCAUGGUUGGUCACCAGUUCCUAAUUAGUUAUAACUUUAAGUCAUAAUCUGAUCUU